AUGCCGUUCGGCAUAAAAGUUAUUCGAUUUAUUAUUAUUGUAUUGAAUCUGGCAUUUAUUGUUGUUGGUAUCACAUUACUUGCAAUUGGUAUUUAUGUUAUUAGAGAUCUUAAAGUUCAACAAUUACGUCCAUUACUUAAUCCAGAUUCAGCAACAAAACAAUCUCAAAAUCUUUCAAAUGUUGAAAUAUUUACUAUUAUAUUAAUGGUUAUUGGUGGUAUUUUAAUAAUAAUUGGAUUUCUUGGUUGUUGUGGAGCAAUAAAAGGCUUUCGAUUUUUACAUGUUCUUUAUGCAAUAAUUAUUGGUGCAAUAAUUAUUGCCGAAAUCGUCAUUCUUAUUAUUUAUAUAAUUUAUCAUAAUCGUUUUAAAACAGAAUUUGUUUCUAAACUUCAAGAAUCAAAUGCUAAAUAUUAUGUUGGUACACUAAUUACUAAUUCAACAUUUGUUAAUUCGAUUCCAUUUUCAUGGGAUUUUGUUCAAUUUAAUUUACAAUGUUGUGGUGCAGCUAAUAAAACUGAUUAUUUAAAUACAACUAAAGGAGAAUCGACUAGCGCAUGUGCAAUAACAGGUGUUAAUGCUUAUUCCGAAGGAUGUUAUGAUCGUUUAUGUGAUUUAUUAGCUGCAUAUAAGAAGUAUAUUAUUAUCGGUGGUGUUAUUGUAGGUGUUGUUGAAAUAUUUGCUUUUUUAUUUGCUUUUUUAUUAUAUUGUCAUAAAUUCGAUUAUGAUGCUUUGCAAACGUAA